AAAGUCAAACUCUGAAGCAGUAUCGCUCUCCAGGGUUUGUACGCUUUGAGGUUCUGCAGGUGGAUUCCUUGGGUGUUUUUGCCCUUGUAGUUUGACACGCCGUGCUUCUUAUUGUUCAGCUUUGUCGCCUUCUUCUUCCAUUUGUCAUUAUGAAGCACCAUGGUAGCUGAGCUUGUGAGACUCUCGAAGAGUGCGCACCGCUUGUCUGUUAGCGCUGGUGCAGGCUCAAGCGAAUUUUGGACGUCAUGGACGGAAAUCGUUGCGACCGAUCAUGCCACGACACCACUCCCACGGACUCAACUGAUUGUCUACCACAGGCCUCAUGACACAGGCUCGGCCGCCCGCGGCCUCAUGGCGUGAUAAUCUAUAUGUCCAGUACUACCUGCAACAACCCCCAGUCACGCGGACAUUCUUGACAGGCAUUGCGGCGGUCUCAUUACCACCACUCUUCUACCUCAUCAAGCCAGUCAUGCUCGUCAACUUCUGGGACUUUACGGUGCGCGGUGAGAUUUGGCGUCCGUUGACGGCUCUUCUAUAUGGUGGAGGAGGCAUGGAACUGCUCUUUGGUGUCUUCUUUGCAUACCAGUACUCGAUGCAACUUGAGACACUCAAAUUUGGCGACAGUACCGCUGAUUACGCGUAUUACUUCCUCUUCAGCUGGAUCGACCUCAUGUUUAUGAAUUACUUCAUCGGUAAUCCAGUCUAUUUCAGUGCAUUGACGCUCUCGCUGUGCACGACGGCAGUGUUAGAGACGCCUGACCAGCGAACAACACUAUUCGGCAUGAUCCCGUUAGAAUCACGCUACCUCCCCUAUGCCUUACUCGUGCUGACCUUCGUCACCGCUGGUCCACAACAAACACUUGCGCAAGCAACAGGUUUUGCAAACGCACACGUCUGGCGAUACUUGCGAGAAACGCUACCGAGCUCUGGUGGGUUGAAUUACCUAGCCACACCAGAUUGGUUCAAGCGGUUGUUGGGCGAAGGAACGUAUUUGAGUGGUGCAGGCACAUUUGCUCAAGGUGGCGUCCAGCGCGCGUAUGGCCAAGCAUUCAAACCCCAGCAGCAAGCGACUGCACCUAUUCGUCCAAGUCAGGGCGUCGGCUCGAAUGUCACUGGUUUGGGUUCGGCGGGGGCGCGCUCGUCAGGAGCGAAUACGCAGACAACGACAGGGAGGGCCCGGUUUGCUGGAACUGGUCAUACACUUGGUGGCGAGUAGCUUUUGCAUCU